AUGAAAAAAAAAAAAAAAUCAAGCAAAGAGGUGGUGAAGCACCAAAAUGAAGAAAAAGAACAAAUAAAUCAAUGGAAGCGACAAAUAAAUGAAGGAAAACAACAGGUGAAUGAAGGGAAGAGGCAAAUAAGUGAAGGAAAACGACAAGUUAGUGAAGGAAAGCGGAAAAUAAACGAGGCGAGGCAAAAAAUAAAGAAAGAAAAUCAGAAAACAAGAGAUGGGAAGCAAUCAAUAAAUGGUGGAAAUGAAGGUAAGGACUAUGUGGUUGAAGCUAAAGGUGAUGCGAAUGAAGGAAUCAGAAGGUGUGUCGAACCAAGCAGUGAGAGAAAAAUGAAAAGAGAAGACAAAAUUUUUAACAUACAGACAGAAAAAAAAGCAGAUUACCAUCAUGAGGCUGAAAAACCAGUAGGUAAUAAUAAGAAGAAGAAAAAAAAGAAAAAAAAAAAAAAUAAUAAUAAUAACAACAAUACUACUGCUGCUACUACUACUACUACUACUAAUAAUAAUAAUAAUAGUAACAAUAAAAGGGGUGAAAUAAACGAUGGAAGUGAAAAGAACAAAGAAGAAAUUAGAGCAGAUAUUUUAAAUGUUCGAAAUGUGCAGAAUAACCCAACCAUAGAAGAAAAAGUUAAGGGGGAGAUGACGAAAACUUUAAUAUUCCCAACAGAUAUUAAACUAAUAUAUGGAAGUUUAUCAAGUAUAGAUAGGAAAAAAAGCACAAAAUUGGAAAAUAAAAUUACCGUUGCAUUUAGUAAGAAUUUGUGCAACGUAGUGGUGUUAUAUUAUGAAUUACAUUUUUAUAACAAUAUUGAUAAUUUUAAAGUAGAUGUAAACUUUUAUGAAAUAUACAAUGAUUUGAUUUGUUUGAUAGAUGAGCUUUUUAGCAUGUAUAUUGUGGAUACAGAGAAAAAACAAAUUUACAGCGCUUAUUAUGAGGACAAUUUGGAUAGCUACAUCAAUUAUGAGUUGAGAGAGAAAUGCAAAGAAAGAACUCAAGAUGAAUUUUUGUUAGAAUACAAAAUUUUGCAAGGUGAUAGAAAUAUGUUGUUUUUAAAUUUUAAAACUAUGAAAAUGAAAUAUUUAUCUGUUGAAUUUGAUUUAGAAUUUUUUGGUGAUAUUUGCGAUGAAGGAAUACUCUUUCCUGAAAAUCAUGUGAUAAGGAAUGCUACACUGAACAGCAUUUGCCAUCGUGCUCCUAUUGGUGAUGGUUAUAUUGAUACCACCAACAUCAUUAAUGAUGUUCGAGAAAGCACGUCAAGACAAGUAGUUGCUGGGACGAAGCAUACCAUUCGAUGGGACAGUUUUAGCAGUUCGUUACUACGUCCUAGUGGCAAAAAAAAAAGUAAUAAAAAAAAAGGUAUAUCAAAAAGGGAAGACAAAAGAAUUGAUAAAAGAGAAAUUGUAAAUACUGUAUUAAAAUCGGACAUAUAUAAAUACUACGAUAUGAACAAUAAACCAAGUAAAGAGAGGGAUAAGUUCAGGGUGACCGGAAAAGUGAAAAGGGCGAUUAAAUGCAAAGAAGGAAAAGAGGAGUAUAAACACAGCAUUAUGGCAGAGAAAUUGGAAUGUGAGGAGGAAGAGGAUGAAGAGGAAGAAGAGGAGGAAGAGGAUGAAGAGGAAGAAGAGGAUGAAGAGGAAGAAGAGGAAGAAGAGGAUGAAGAGGAAGAAGAGGAUGAAGAGGAAGAAGAGGAAGAAGAGGAAGAAGAGGAUGAAGAGGAAGAAGAGGAAGAAGAGGAUGAAGAGGAAGAAGAGGAAGAAGAGGAAGAAGUAGAUCAGACAAAUAAAGGAGGAACCAUUGAUGAGAUCUAUGAAAAAAAAAAAAACACUGUAGAAGAAGAACCACUUAGAGAGGAGCUCCCCAUCGAAGAGGAUUACAUCAAAGAAGAUCAAAAAUUGUGUUAUCGUAUAUUAUAUAAUGAACAGCCUUACAAAGCUCUGUUGAUCAAGGACGAACUUAACAUAUGUUUGUCAGAUGAUGAGGAGAGUAACAAGGGUAGAACAAGUUCAGCAAAUAUCAUUGCCUCGAGGAGUGUAACAAGGAGUGCAUCGCAUGUUGAAGAUAUCGCUGCUAUCGUGGCAAACUCAACGAACAUAACGAGUAGUGCAAAGAUUGCUAUAGGUAGCAUCGCUGCUAAUUCAUAUCCCCUUAGUAGUGACAAUGAUAGGGUUAACAGGAGGCAUGGGACAUACGGACGUGUUUAUGCAAAAUCAAAAAAGAAGAAAAAGAUGGUAGCAUAUUCUUUGGGAAACGAGAAAUCUAUUUGUAUUCCAAAAGAAAUUUUGAAUAUUACAUCAUUACUAAGCAGCCCAAUAUUAUCAAUGAAUAAUAUAAAAAGCUUAAAUCAAGUGAAUUUUUUUUAUGGUUAUAGUAAAACGAAAAAAGAUUUAUAUAAUUACUGUUAUGCUUAUCUUGUCAGUAUUCAUAAUGGGUAUGAUAUAAUACCAAUGGAAGGGUUCAAGUUUAGACCCAUCAUAAUUGAUGGUGCAAAUGUUUCAGCAAAAGUUAUCCAUAAUCAUCAUAUUGCAAAUAUUUUGGACUCAGAUAUGUCAAUAAUAUAUGACUGUUUUCUGUUGCAUGAAGCUUAUACAUUUUUUAAAAGGAAAAAAGUGGAUGAUAUUAUUAUAGUUUUAAAUCCUGUAACCAAAAAAGGGGAAGAGUAUUUCUUAGGGAACAAGAAAGUGUGUAAUUAUUCCUACCUUGAGAACUUAAUUAAAUUAAAUGCUAUACUUAUUUGCAACGAAAAAUAUUAUCAUAGUUACAAAGGGGAUGUAGUGAAAAGGCGGACGUAUGAUGACGUUCUCAUAUUGGAAUUGGCAGCACAUAGAAACGGCUGCGUUAUCUCAAACGACAAUUAUACAGACAUAGAGCUAGAAACGCCAUAUGAGGAAAUAAAGAACGUUAUAUCUCACUAUGUCAUAAAGCACCAUUAUGACAAAAAUAAGGGAUUCAGCUUGGACAUAACAAAAAAACCGUUAAAGUUUGUGUUAAACUCGUUAUUUCAGAAAAUUAAUUAG